GAUCUGACACACACUGGAUGGGUCUAAUGACUGGGCUGCACAGAGCAGGAGCAGACAGAGCUUCUGGAAAUCAGCCUCCAAAGCUGAACUGAAGUUUGUUUUUCCAUCUUUGACACUUAAGUUUCUGAUUUACAGGAAACGAAACGACGGCGUUCCCAGUAAAGACGGGAAGUGGCGCAGAAAGAAAAUACGAUGGCGUCUGUCAAAUUCUCCUGUUCUAUCUGUCUGGAUAUUCUGAAGGAACCAGUGACUGUUCCCUGUGGACACAGCUACUGCAUGAGCUGCAUUGAGACCUACUGGGACGGAGAAGAUCAGAGGGGAAACCACAGCUGUCCUCAGUGCAGGGAGACCUUCACUCCCAGGCCGGUUCUGGUGAAAAACAUCAUGUUAGCAGAGUUAGUGGAGGAGCUGAAGAAGACUGAACUCAGAUCUGAUCUCUGCUACGCUGGACCUGAAGACGUGUCCUGUGACGUCUGCUCUGGAAUGAAGAUGAAAGCCGUCAAGUCCUGUCUGGACUGUCUGGCUUCUUACUGUGAGGAACAUCUCCAACCUCACUCUGUUGCUCUAGCUUUACAGAAACACAAGCUGGUCGACCCCUCCAGGAAUCUACAGCAGAACAUCUGCUCUCUGCAUGAUGAGGUGAUGAAGAUCUACUGUCGUACUGAUCAGCAGAGUAUCUGUUAUCUCUGUCUGAUGGACGAACACAAAGGUCAUGAGACGGUUUCAGCAGCAACAGAAAGAAUGGAGAAGCAGAAGAAGCUUGAGGAGACUCAACAGCAAAUCCAGCAGAAGAUCAAGUACAGAGAGAAAGACAUGAGGCUGUUCCAGCAGGAGGUGGAGGACAUCAACACUGCUGCUGACAAAGCAGUGGAGGACAGUGAGGAGAUCUUCUCUGAGAUGAUCCGUCUCCUCCAGAACAGAAGCUCUGAGGUGAAGCAGCAGAUCAGAUCCCAGCAGGAGGACGAAGUGAAUCGAGUCCUGGAUCUUCAGGAGAAGCUGGAGCAGGAGAUCAGAGAUCUGCAGAGCAAAGACAGAGAGAUGGAGCAGCUCUCUCACACAGAGGACCAUAGCCAGUGCCUGCAGAGAUACCCCUCAUUGUCUGCACUCAGUGAGUCCACACACUCAUCCAGCUUCCACCUUCGUCCUCGGAGGUAUUUUGAGGAGGUGACAGCAGCUGUGGCAGACACCAGAGACAAACUACAGGAUCUCCUGAGGGACAAACGAGCAAACAUCUCACCAACUCUGACCCAAGACCAGGACUCUGCCUCAUCAUCAAAGCUGGAGACCAGAGAGAACUUCCUGCUAUGUUCACGUAAAAUUACACUGGAUCCAGACACGGCACAUGAGCUGCUGGAAAUUUCUGAGGGGAACCGGAAAGUUACAAUGAUGAGAGAAAAAGAGUUCUAUAUGUUUCAUCCGGACCGAUUCACUAAAAGAUGGCAGGUUCUGAGCAAACAGGGUCUGACUGGACGAUGCUACUGGGAGGUGGAGUGGACUGGACAAGUAGAAAUUGCAGUGACCUUUAAGAGCAUCAGCAGAGAAGGUGACUUUGACGACAGUAGAUUUGGAUUUAACAAGAAGUCGUGGGCUCUAUGCUGUUCAGAGGACAGUUAUACAUUCUGGCACAAUGGUGAAGACACGUCUGUCUCAGGUCCUUAUUCCUCCAGGGUGGGAGUGUUCCUGGACCACGGAGCGGGUCUUCUGCUCUUCUAUGCCGUCUCUGACACCAUGACUCUGCUCCACGGAGUCCUGACCAAGUUCACCAAACCGCUCCACGUUGGGCUUUGGCUUCUGCGCUCAAGCAGGACCACGGCGGAGAUUAUGAAACUUAAGCGCGGAUCUCCUUUUACGUUUUAGAGGAGAAGAUGCCACAAUAAUUCCAAAGCUUUGAAUUUCCUUCAUCACAUCAAAAUGUAGCAAGAAAUUGGAAAGUAUGAUUUUUUUUCUCUUUUUUACAUAGGGGAUAUUGAACCAUGAAGUGUCCAUUAUAAGAAAAUGUAUGGACAUUUCAGGUGAGAAACCAUCAGAAGUGCAUAAAACCGCUUAUACUGUCGUCACUUUAAAAAAAAAAA